AUGCCGAACCCGAUCAAUAUUGCUCCUCGAUUCGAGAUCCGCAAGCUGGAGCCCCAGCACCUGGAAUGGGCCAAAGCGAUCAUCAGCCACAGCAAUGUCUUCCACUCCCCUGUGUGGGCCAAGCUGUAUCCAGAAAACCAGGCUGAACGAUUCCGGGCGACGUUCAAUGGCGCCACGUAUCUAGUCCAGCAUCAAAUCGACUCCGGCCUAUCCUACGGGGUGUUCGACACCGAGUACCAGUUCAAGCGGCCCGAGUCAGCAGCAAAGGGAGGGGCCAUGUACUGGGAAGAUGAGUGGAACCCCAGCUUUACUGGCGAUGACAUCCUGGCACGCAUGGACUUUCCACUGGCUUCGAUUGCGCUGGCAUUUGACGCCGCUGAUCCGAUCGACAUGCAGCGAGUGGCACCGCUGUUCAAGGCCCUGCCUCACUUUCCUGUCUUUGCCCCUUUCCUCGAUGCAAGGGAUACGAGAGAUCCCGCCCAUUGGGAAGCCAAGGGACCCGGCGAAGUGCUAAAGCGGAUGGGCACGGCCACAAGGGCGGAUUACAUGGAUUCUGGCAUAACCAAGUCCAUGGCGCAUUGGCUGAUGUGGGAUGCUGCCGAGAAAGGAUUCAGAGGGAUCAACAUCGAGUGUUAUCAUGAUGCUGUAAACCAUAUAUGGACGCGUCCCCCGCCGCCAUUCAAGGCGGACUUGGUUGCAAAGGUCAGAGUGAAUGAGUAUGAGAAAGAGGAGAAUGGCAGGACAGUUCGGCCCUUCCCACAUGUGGCGCAGGCUUUGACCAAGGUUUAUGUUCAUCUCAGGUAG